AUGGAGGUUCCGGACACACACAAAACAGCAUCAGAUAUUGUUGAGCACUUGCUCGAGUUUUGGAAUCAACAGUACUUUAUAUCUGCGCCAAAAAGCAUUGAGCUACGUAAAUUGGUCAUGUCAAGCUCUAAUGCGAAAUCUCUGCCCACGCUAUCCAAUAUGACUGAUCUGCAAGACAGAAUUGAUAGUUCCAAUGUGCUUGACAGUGAUAUCAAUAGCAAAAAAAAGGACCAGAAUUUAGAUUCUGUUAGUGGAAGACUGUCACAGACGGAGCCUUUUGAUUUCAGCACCAAGAGCAAACAGAACAUGGUUUCUCUCACUCAGUUGGAUGGUGAUGGUGUAUUAUCAAAUGCUAUUACUGACGAUACAGACGAAUCAAUUAUGCAACCAUCUAUACUUCAACAAGAUUUUGAAGUUGAAGAGUUUAAUCAGGACAUAAACACGGAAAAGGUUACCAACGAUAGUAGUGCACAAGGAUUUUCAUUUCAAAACGCCAUCAGUCAAGCCAAUGCAAUCCGUGACGAAAAGGCUACAGACAGCAAUGAGAUUGACAGUCUGUCAUUGGAUCUGACAAAAGAUGUGCCGAAUUCAUUGGAAACCUCGCAGAUGGGUGAGAUAGAGCAAGAGGAUAUUGAUUAUGAAGAAACAGCAGAAGCAACAGACUUGCAUGACUCUUCAACGCUCGCUUUCUCACAAACUCGGCAAAAUAAUGACUCUAUCAAAGUCGGAUCGCUGCAAUCGAUUGUAGAUUUAUCGUCAAAUCAAUUGGAAGUUGAUGCUAUACCAGACACUUUAGUAGCAAGCGGCAUAUCACAAAAUAGAAUCAGUGCCGAUCUUGAUUCGCCCGAUGCUUUGUAUCAAACUGGCAGUAUUUCAUUAGCCAAUGAGAAUUCAAAAAGUUUGAAAAAUCUAGCAGGCAAUCCCAAUCAUACCGAUACAGUCAAGAAAGCUAGCAAUAACUCGAAUCUUGUUGAUGAAGCAGACGGAUCGUGGAGUUAUGACUUGCAACCUAGUUAUGCAGAUAAAUCAAAGUGUGUUUUUGGAUUUUGCGCUAUAUUUUGUCAGCCGUGCAGGAUCCAACCUAUUCCGCUUGCCACUUGCAUCAUUUGGCUAAAAGUUUCACUCUCUCAGGAUAAAACCAAAUGGAUGGUCGAGUACCGAUUUGAGCAUAACCACCUGACGCAUAGUUUCACUAUCCCAGCAAGUGAUCCUGUGAGUAGCUUUAAAGAUUCCAACUUUCUUGUGAUGCUAAAACUCCAAUCCAGCCAAAUAGCAUCACCGCUUCAUCGAGUGCGUGAACUCAUUGCAUCAAAAAAGCAGCAGGCAUCUGAUUUGCUUACGCGAAACCUUUUUAACAGUCAAGAUUCUAGUUCAUACGGAAUUGGUCAAUGUGAUGACACAGUGGAAGAAAAUCGCAAGGUCUAUCGGGCUACAUAUGCUGAUGCGCAGAUCAUUUUACAACGUGCUGCAUUGGAUGCUGCUACCAUUGCACGUAUUUCUGCAGAUACAAAAGUACACAGUUACAAAAGUGAUCUAAAUCAUACAACAAACAACAUGCUGAUCCAAGAUCUAGCAAAUUUUCGCUAA